AUGCUAAUAUUUACUUUAGUCGAACUGGCUCUUAUCAUGGAUCACCUCUAUGGAGGUGUUUGUUACGCGGGAAUUGACAUUGACCCUGAACUAAAGUAUCCUAAAGGAGCAGGGCGAGUUGCUUUUUCAAAUCAGCAGAGUUACAUUUCUGCCAUCAGCGCUCGAUUUGUUCAGUUGCAACACAACGACAUCGACAAACGGGUGGAGGUCAAGCCAUAUGUUUUGGAUAACCAAAUGUGUGAUGAAUGUCAAGGUGCGCGAUGCGGUGGCAAAUUUGCGCCUCUCUUCUGUGCCAAUGUCACAUGUCUUCAAUACUACUGUGAACAGUGUUGGGUUCAGAUACACAGCCGGCAGGGCCGCGAGUACCACAAACCCCUUGUUAAGGAAGGUGCGGAGCGACCUCGUCCAGCCCUCUAUCGCUGGUAG